AGCUCUUUGCUCCUGUCUUGGAUUUCAUUGGCUGCGCUGCGUCUUUCUGGUCACGUGGCAGUAUUACGCAAUUGCCGCAAUGGCAGCCCACAGAACUACAUAUUGACAUACGGAAUUUCAGCAAUUCUUUCAAAACAACGAGGACUAAACAGGAAAUAAAAAUGCCUCCAAAAAUCACCACUGAAUUACUCAGGCAGCUGCGGCAAGCCAUGGGGAACCUGAAGUACACAGCCGAGCCCAUUCAAGCUUAUAUAGUACCAUCGGUGGACGCACACCAGAGCGAAUACAUUGCACCUUGUGACUGCAGGCGUGAAUUCAUCUCAGGAUUUAAUGGCUCUGCAGGUACUGCAAUCAUCACAGAACAUCAUGCUGCAAUGUGGACAGAUGGACGGUAUUUUUUACAAGCUGCCCAGCAGAUGGACAGUAACUGGACUCUCAUGAAGAUGGGCUUGAAAGAAACUCCCUCUCAGGAAGACUGGUUGAUAAAUGUUCUCCCUGACAGUUCAAAGGUUGGAGUAGACCCUUGGAUUUUACCUUCAGAUCAGUGGGAGACAAUGUCCAAAGCCUUGUCCAGUGCUGGUCACACUCUGGUACCUAUUAAAGAAAAUCUUAUUGAUAUCAUAUGGGAGGAUAAACCGGCCAGGCCCACUUUACCUUUGAUGACUCUUGGCCUGGCUUAUACUGGUAUGAGUUGGAUGGAUAAGAUCACAGCUUUGCGAUCUAAGAUGGCAGAAAGAAAAAUAUCAUGGAUUGUGGUUACUGCUUUGGAUGAAGUUGCAUGGCUUUUUAAUCUGCGUGGCGCUGAUGUUGAAUAUAACCCAGUUUUCUUCUCUUAUGCAAUUAUUGGAAUGAGCUCCAUUAGGUUGUUUAUCAACGGUGAACGUAUUACAGAUGCAGCUGUUAAGGACCAUCUGCAAUUAGAAGUACCCACAAAGAGUGAAUAUACAGUGCAAAUCCACGAGUAUGAGUCUAUCUUAACUGAAUUACAAAGUAUUUGUGCCAACCUUGGACCAAAGGAAAAAAUAUGGAUCUGUGACAAAGCCAGCUUUGCCUUAACAGAGGCAAUUCCAAAGCUGCAUAGGUGCCUGGUUCCAUAUACACCAAUAUGCCUUUUUAAGGCUGUUAAGAAUGCAACGGAAAUACAAGGCAUGCGUAAUGCACAUAUCAAAGAUGCUGUUGCUCUCUGUGAGCUUUUUUCAUGGCUGGAAAAAGAGAUCCCAAAGAGCAAUGUUACUGAAAUUUCAGCCGCUGAAAAAGCAAAUGAAUUGCGUAGCCAGCAGGAAGAUUUUGUUGACCUAAGUUUUCCCACAAUUUCCAGUGUGGGGCCAAAUGGUGCCAUCAUUCAUUACAGGCCUCUUCCAGAAACUAAUCGGACUUUAACCCUGAAUGAAAUCUACCUCUUAGAUUCAGGAGCUCAGUUCAAAGAUGGAACUACUGAUGUGACACGAACAAUGCAUUUUGGCAACCCUUCUCCUUUUGAAAAGGAAUGCUUCACAUACGUCCUUAAAGGCCAUAUUGCAGUAAGUGCUGCAGUUUUUCCCAAUGGAACUAAAGGACAUCUCUUAGAUUCUUUUGCUCGUUCUGCUCUUUGGGAGUCGGGUCUGGAUUACCUUCAUGGAACAGGACAUGGAGUUGGAUGUUUCCUGAAUGUCCAUGAGGGCCCUUGUGGAAUCAGUUACAAAACAUUUGCUGAUGAACCUUUGGAGGCUGGCAUGAUAUUGUCAGAUGAACCUGGUUAUUAUGAAGAUGGAAAAUUUGGCAUUCGAAUUGAAAAUAUUGUUCUUGUGGUAUCUACCAAGCCUAAAUACAAUUACAGAAAUCGAGGCAGCUUGACUUUUGAACCAAUCACACUGGUACCCAUUCAGACUAAAAUGAUUAAUGCUGAGAUGCUGACAGAAAAAGAGCGCACUUGGCUGAAUGACUAUCACCAGAAAUGCAGAGAAGUAGUUGGAGCAGAGCUUGAAAGACAAGGGCGACAUGAGGCAUUGCGAUGGCUGAUCAGAGAAACGCAGCCCAUUGCCUAACUGUGCCCAGCUGAAGGAAACCAUAUAUACUGUAUAUUCAUACUGUGAGAUGAAGAAUUUCUUCUAAAGAGACUUUAAAAAUGUUUAAGCAUUCUUUAACAUCAGUGGCUAUGUUUUAUUUAUUUUUUUGAUGAUUUGCUUUAAUAUAAAAAAUUACAUGAAAAUAUUAUUAAUGUUUUGCUUAUAAUCUGCAUUUGGUAUUUAAUUGUGGAAGCAAAGUCAAAUGUACUGUAUUCAUGUUGCUAUUAAGUAUUUUUACUUAAAUCAGUUCAUGUAAAUCUUUACACAAAGCCAUUUAAUAAAUAUUUUUAAAUACCGUUUAAAUAAUGAGUACAGAAUAUUGAAUAAAGCUAUUUGUUGUGCUAAUUCUGA